AGAUAGGAUUGGCACGCCUACCGUCUCGCAGCGACGUGCUGACCUUUACAUCGGCACAGCUUUGCCAAGAGCGCCACUGCUCGUCAAAACUACAGAAAGGGUGGCUUCCACGUCAUGAUGGACUUGAAGAAAGGCAACACGGUCGUGUACAAGACCAAUGGCAUGAAGAUCACCGCCGAUGGAGGUUUCGGUCUCAAGAGUGUGGACCAGAUUGACAGUCAAUUGGCAGAUUUGAAAAGGAUGUAUAAGCAAGGCGGCAUUCACCGCCGUUCUCCACUCGGCGCAGAGGUUAGGCUUGUCGCUCCCGUGGCGGGCAUGAUGCAGAAGCGAGCACCUCUUGCAGAUUACUAUGGCGCGCAAGAAUUGGAGCGGCUCGCCAAGAUAAGGUGGGGAGGAGGACCCAAGCCUGAAAGCAAAGCAUAUCAAGUCCCUGAUGUGCCGAAAUUGCGAAGUCACUGGGGAUGGCAAGGCUACCCUAGUCGCCCCUCCAUCAAUGGGCCUGUCACUCGCGUUCCUCGACCCGUAGAAAUCAUCGGUCCCACGAAACCAACAGCCGUCAAACCUCAAGUUGCACCGCAGCCCGUGCAGACUCCUGACAAAGUGCCGUCUAGCACGCCUAUCGAGGUAAGUAGCUGUGUGUGGGCACGGGCCAUUGAUUCGGAAGGAAAGGUGUUCAGAUGACUGCUCCUUCUGCUUUGCUUAGUCUCGCGCAGUCAUUACGACCACUGAAAACUCUACCGAGGUACGUGACUGAUCGGCAUGGACGACCUGGUUGGGAUAGACUUGGGUGUUG